AAAACAAAAAUGAGUAAACAUUUAGUUAUUUAAAAAAGUUUGUUUUGUGAAAUGUUAUAUUCUAGCACCAAUGAACGCUCUGAGACAGUUCUAUUUGGAGAUACCGGUCGUGACAAGGGUGUACACGACGGUCUGUUGCCUUUGUACUCUGGCGGUGCACUUGGAUUUAGUAUCGCCGCUCCAAUUGUACUUUAAUCCGACGUUGAUUGUGCGGAAAUUUCAAAUAUGGCGGCUGGCAACAACAUUCCUAUAUUUUGGGACGAUUGGGAUUAGUUUCUUUUUCAACAUGGUGUUCACGUACCGCUAUUGCCGCAUGCUCGAGGAUGGAUCUUUUCGUGGUCGCAGUUCCGAUUUCGUGAUGAUGUUUAUCUUUGGAGGCGUGUUGAUGACAUUUUUUGGCAUUUUUGUGAAUCUGCUGUUCCUCGGCCAGGCAUUCACUUUAAUGUUGGUGUAUGUGUGGUCCAGACGAAAUCCCUUGGUGCCCAUGAACUUCUUCGGAGUUCUUAAUUUCCAAGCUCCCUAUUUGCCAUGGGUUCUUCUUUGCUGUUCCAUGAUCUUGGGAAAUACUGUUUGGGUGGAUAUCAUCGGCAUGGGCGUGGGCCAUAUAUACUAUGUGCUAGAAGAUGUAUAUCCGCAACUCUCCAAUGGCUAUAGGCUAAUCAAAACCCCAUAUUUUCUGAAACGUCUGUUUAAUGAGCAUGUUGAUCAAAAUUAUCAAGCCGCUCCCGAGGAACGUCCUGGUGGAUUUCUUUGGGGCGGAGAGGGUCAACCAUUAUUACCAAAUCAACAGCGAGAGGAAGCAGGAGAACAACGACAACAACCGCCACAAGAGGAGCUACCAGCCCAAUAACAAAGCCCAAAAACUUAUAAAUUGUUUCACAGAACGACAACCAACCAAGACCGUGUAUACCCCUCCGUUACAUCCACCUUCCAUUUGGUGCUUGGUUCAUGAAUUUAGGCAUAUAACGUAGUAUUCAAAGGAGAGAGAUAUCGAAGAGAGCAGGUAGUGCAAUAGUUAGCCAAAGUGUUUUUUAAUUUCCUAAAACACCCACACACACAUAUACGAUUGUACUCUGUAAAUUUGCCCAAAAGCAUUCAUCUUAGAUCGAUUCAGCGUAGCAAAUGCACAUGUGAUUAUAAAAAACAAAAAAUAAAUGUAAGUAUGUUCAAAGACAUGCUAUAAAAUAAAAA